AUGUCCUCCUCAACGACCACCGAGCCCUCAGCCGCCAUGCCGUCUCGUCAAUUACUCCAUACCUUGUUCAAUUCCCUCGCCAACUCCCGCUGGACGCUAAGCCGCACACUGCGCAGCGACAACCCCCUCGACAUCAACGGCGACCUGCGGGGCACCGCCACUUUUACCGCACUCCCCGGCCCCUCCCACCGCGACUGGCUCUACAGCGAGGAAGGCGAGCUUCCGAGCGGCGUGCGGCCCGGCCUGCCGCCGGGCAUGCGCUGGACGAAAAAAUACAUCUGGCGGGGCAGCGAAACCGGGCGCAUCAGCGUGUGGUUCGUCAAGGUCGCCCCGGGGCCCGAAGAGGCAGACUACCUCUUCCACGACUUCGACUUCGGAGACGCGGAGAGUGCGGUGGCAGGAGAACAGACAACCAAGGAGGGUGACUCCUCAGACGACUUCAUCCAGCCCCCGAUACCCCCGGCCAUCACGACGUCGGAGGGGGAGACAACCGUGCUGGCGGCCCGCGGGAACCACCUCUGCAUCAAUGACAUGUAUCGCACUGCCUAUGCAUUUCGCAUUCGGCCGGACACCGGAGAGGUGUUGAGCUGGGCCAGUCGCCAUGUAGUCCGAGGCCCGAAGAAAGACCAGGAUAUCAUCAAUCGCUAUGAGCGGAGUGAGUGA